CUGGAAAUCUAAGCUGCUACAAAAGUAUUGAUAGAUCCAUAGGAUUUAAACCACAUACGGAACUGAUUAUUUGCCACUCCAAAUAUAUUAUGCUGAAAAUAUAUUAUAUUCCCACUGGAAAUGUUACUACAGACAGCAGCGUGGUGUUCUCUAAAUUAUACAUGUAUGCCUAUACAAAGACAAAUUGAGUUAUGCAUAGGUUAGGAUGAUUAAUGGCUGUUAAUUAAUCCAAUUAAUCACUCCUCCGUGCAAUCUAGGUCUGUGUAGAGCGUCGAUGGAGCAGAGAGGAAAAUCAAUGGAAGUAUUAGCAUAUAUAGCUAUAUGUAUCUGCAUAUAGUUCCGCAUGAGCACUGAUUUAGUCUUCCUGAAGAAUAACGUGUAGCAGACCAUGACUAGUAUAUGUAAAUACUAAAGUAAGGGAUGGCGUAAGUUCAGUAGGAUGAAAAAUGUCAAUGAUCAUGACGCGACGAAUUGAUUAAGGAGGAUAUUGAUGAGUAAAUGUCUCGAGGAUAAUAAUAUGAUCUCUUUGCGGCAACAGCGUAAAACUGAGAGACAAAAGAAAUGAAUGGUAAAUCAACAUACUUCUUUAAUGCAUUGGAUAAUAACUCGGCUGCUGUAAACUAUUACAUAUGUGCUUUACAUAUAGGAAAAACAAUGAACUAAUACGUAUAUGUAGAGAAUCGUGAAAAUUAACUGAUAAUUGAAAGGUCUUGGCAACUAAUAGUAGUGAAUUCUUCUUUGCCAUAUAAACGAAUCCCACGAUUAUUGGAUUGAACCAGUGUUCUGAGCUACCUGCCUAUCCCAAGACCUAUUUUUAAACUAAGCGUCUAUAUAUCCAGCAUACGCUCUGGUAAGAAGAUAAACAAGGUGUUUCUAAAAGUAGACAUUUCAUUCGGAGUCAUGGAUUAUAACACAAAAGCAGCUUUGAUUAUUUCUUCUGAAUAAGAAGCCAUGGGGAGCUUUGAAUAACAAAAAUGCUUGAUAUAUCGCAUAACCUGAUAUACAACAUCUAUGUCAUAUUAUUGUAUGUGGCUUAGGAACUAAUAUCAACAUGUCUUUAAAGCAACGAGCUGGUAACCAUGACAACCACAAUAAUCGUCAGGAAGAGCGCAAAGAAGAAAUACAGGGUGACUGUUCAAAUGCACCUUCUGAUGUAUCAUUUUGCAGAUACAUGAAUUGCCGUGCAUUGCCUGGCAACCCGUACAAUCCAACCAAUCAUGAACACUUAGCAAAUGUUGCCACACAUGGGUUGCUCAUUGUGCCAUCUAUAUUUGGAUUAGGAUGGAUGCUGACCCUUGCAGAUGAAUCCAGUGAAUUCUGGAUUGCUGUCAUAUAUGGGGCGGCCCUGGUGGCACUCUUCACAGUCUCAACUACUUAUCACACCAUCUCAUUUAGUGGGAAAUUCAACACAUUGAAGAAUAUCUUGCAUAUAGGCGACAGAGCAGCAAUAUAUAUUUUUGUAGCAGCAUCAUAUACACCAUGGCUAGUUACCAAGGAGAUGUCACUUGACUUGAGAGUAGAGGCAUUAUGGGUAAUCUGGACCAUGGCCAUCUUGGGCAUACUGUAUCAAUACAAUUUCCAUGAGAAGUACAAAUCAUUAGAGGUGCUGUUUUACCUAAUCAUUGGUGUAUGUCCUGCAAUGAUUGUUGUGUUUGCCAUGAAGGAAUCCUCAGGAUUACAUGAACUGGCACUAGGAGGCAUAAUUUACAUUAUUGGAACAAUGUUUUUUAAAUUAGAUGGAAUUGUUCCAUUUGCACACGCAAUCUGGCAUUGCUUUGUAAUAGUUGGAGCCACCAUACAUUAUUAUGCCGUCUGCAAAUAUGUGCUAGGUGUUCGGCAAGUUGCUCUAGUUCAAGAAACAAUACAAAUUAUACAUGACAGUUAACUUGAUGGACUAAAUAUAAUGCCACCUAUAAUUAGGAGAUUCAUUCAUAU